AUGAGCGCGGAAACCCUCCCCACCUGCAACCCUGCUGCGCUGCGCGUGUGCAGGCUGGAGUGCCAGGAGUGCGGGCGCACGUUCGCGUGCAAGGACUCGCUCAACUACCACGUGCGCGGACACGGCGAGCGGCCCUACCGCUGCGGCGCCUGCCCGAAGGCGUUCCUUCAGCGCAGCGCGCUCGCGAACCACGAGCGCACCCACACGGGCGAGCGGCCCUUCCGCUGCACGCACUGCCCCAAGGCGUUCGCCCAGUCGUCCACGUGGCGGCAGCACGAGCGCGAGAACCACGCGGCGCCCGCCGACCGCCCGGCCUUCCCCUGCGGCCUCUGCGGCAAGACGUUCGGCCGGCGCAGCUCGCUCGACCGCCACAUGCUCACGCACACGGGCGAGCGGCCCUACCACUGCCCCUACUGCCCCAGGACGUUCGCGUGGCUGGGCAGCCUGACGGCGCACGAGCGCACGCACACGCCCGACGACCGCCCGUUCCCGUGCCCGCACUGCGGGCGCGCGUUCGCGCACCGCGGCGCGCGCGACAACCACGCGCGCACGCACACGGGCGAGAAGCCGUUCGCGUGCACGACGUGCGGCGCGCGCUUCACGCAGGCGGGCCACCUGCGCCAGCACGCGUCGACGCAUGCGCCGCGCGAGGCGCGCGCCUUCUGCUGCGUGCAGUGCGGCAAGCGGUUCGCGCGCAAGAGCGAGCUGGCGACGCACACGCGCACGCACACGGGCGAGCGGCCGUUCGCGUGCGCGCACUGCCCCAAGACGUCGCUGACCGCGCGCGAAGAGGCGCGGGCAGUGCGGCCCGACGCGGACACCGGCGAGGCGGGGUUCGCCGCCGCGGUCGUCAAGACCGAAGUCGCCGACUCGGACGAGUCGGACGAGCAGGAGAUCGUGGCGGAGUCGCUGGUCGUCAAGGCCGAGAGCCUCGACCCGGUCUGGGACGAUGACGACGACCUCGACGCAGAGGGCGCGGGGACGGGAGGCCCUGGCGAGGCAGAGAGCGCGGGGAUCGGUGAAAAGGCGAUUAAAACAGAACGUGAAGAGACUGAUGGGACAGAGGGAGAUCCGUCUUUUGUGACAGGGCUUUGA